AUGGAAAAUGCGGGUGUUGCCGGUGUCCAGGUCUACAAAAGACUGGUGGACAGCCUCCUGGAUCGCGCCGCGCAGGUGAAGCUCGACAAGCAGAUUGAACCCCCAUUGACAGAAGCACACCUGGGCGAGACGAUAUGGAAACUUUUGCCUCAGGAUGAAGAAGCCAUCAAACACCUGAAUCAGCAAACCAGGCCUGCGGCUGUUGAAAUCGCGUUUCGCGAGAAAUUCUAUCGCCUCUUGGCUUCUACUUCUAUCGACGAUCCUGCUUUCAUCCAUAUCUGGAACCUUCUCGACGUCGUCUCAAUCUUUUCCGAUAAUGAACAAUGCGAACCCGGCCUUAUCUUCUGGCUCAUCGAAGAGCUUCUGGAUAGCCAAACCAUCGAUGGUUGCCGCAAAGUCUUUGACUACUUAGAGUCUCGAAGGGAGAGGAAUACCAAGAAACACUUUAAACAGAAAAGCUUGAUUAUCCUACGAUCCUGCAACGAACUUCUUCGCCGGCUUUCGCGCGCAGAAGAUACAGUAUUCUGUGGCCGGGUGUUCAUCUACCUCUUCCAGAGUUUCCCACUUGGAGAUAAAAGUUCGGUCAACCUUCGAGGCGAAUUCCACUCCGAGAACGUCACUACCUUCGACGACAUUGCGAAGCAGUUUACCAAACCACCUUCGCAAGACACAACGAUGACCGAGGGGACUGCAGUUGCGACGCCCGGAGACGCAGAAGCGGGCCAGACCGAAAACCCUUCUGAACCAGGGGCCAGAGUUCCCAAGGUUGUUGUUUCUGAGGGUCAUGAGAAAAAAUCAAGCAGCAAAGAGGAUGUUGACUUGGAUGCGCUCUACCCCGUUUUCUGGAGCCUCCAGGCUUUUUUCUCAGCACCAAGCAAAGUGUUCGACUCUGAACGGUUUGCGUCUUUCAAAGCUGGACUGGAAGCGACACUAUCUGCGUUCAAGAACAUUAACACGGAAAUCGAAAACCAGAGCGCUGCCCGAGUUUCGGAAGAUGCACGGAAGUCGAACAAGCGCAAGCGCAUUGUGGAUGGCGCUGAAGUCGCUAGCAGCUUUAACCCGAAAUAUCUGACAAGCCGAGAUCUGUUCGAUCUUGAAGUCAGUGACACUGCGUUCAGGCGCCAUGUUCUCGUCCAGGCUCUCAUUCUUCUCGACUUUGUACUUUCUCUCACAUCCAAGUCCAAAACACGCCUAGCCGAUGCGACAAACAAAUCAGUACUUUAUGGCUUUACCCUCAAUGAAGAGGACACGAAGUGGGCAGUGAAUAUGAGAAAGAGCAUUGAAGGGUAUCUGCAGCAAGGUCCUGGUGGCAUGUUUUACUAUCGAAUGGUGAAUACCGUGCUGUCUCGAGACAAGAACUGGGUGCGUUGGAAAGCUGAGGGUUGUCCAUUGAUUGAACGACCAGCCAUCUCGGUGGCGGAAUACAAGACUUCCCGCGAGCAUGCCACCAAAGCUUAUGCGAACAAGCGCAUCCGUCCCUCUCCGAUGGGAUCUCUCGAUCUCAAGUUUCUCGCGGACAGCGAGGCCUUGGUCAACAUUGAACGUCUCAAGCAGCCUGAUCGAUACAGCGUUCCCACCGCAGAUUCGUUCCUGAAGGGUAUCAUGGACGACGAGAUGGACAUUGAUAUGGCGAUGACUGACGAAGAUAAGGAGAUUGCAAUCAACGCUAAGGCUAGUAAAUCCUGGCGGAUUCUUCGUCUCUCUGCGAAAGGCAAACUCGCUGCGUUCGACAAGAUCGAAGACGGAAAUAAACUUCAAGUCUUGUUCGAGAGUCCUACAACCGACGGCAUUCCCCACCACGGCGAAGAGCCAAAUGGGCAGAGUACUCGUGACGAGCGACCUGAUAGUGCCAAGGGUUCUCUUCAAGGCUUGGAUGGGGCCCAGUAUACGCCCACUGCGAAAGAGGAUCCAGGUCCCAAUGAACAAUCUGGCAAAGCCAAGGAAAUCCCCCAGGACGUGGAUGGAGCUCAGGAUACAUCUGCUGGGAACAACGACGUCAUCAGCGAAGAAAAGCAGGACCCGAGCACUGCGAACAACGAAGAGGCCCUUGCCGCCUCUACCGCCUCGAAAGAGGACCCUGCCACCUAA